AUGGAGUGCUUGUUUUGGCGGCACCUCGCUUCUACAGUUAUUAUCGGUUUGAACUCUACUUCCAUCUUCCCUCCUCUUGGAAUUGCGAUGGCUGACUCGAUACCCUCGGACGUGAACAUUCUGGAGACACUUCAGCAUGAGAUGAUCGAUCAUUACUUCCUUGCUGCAGGCGGAGCCCUCUUCAUCUACGAUGUCUUUAUCAAUCUAGACGUCGAGCUCAUGUAUAUAUGGCCAGCAGUCAAUCUUCGGAAACGACCAAUCAACAAAGUGUCCGUGGCAUUCAACUUUAUGUACCUUGCGCAGAGGUAUCUGCCGUUGGUUGAUCAGGUUAUUUUGGAUCAGUACAUUCUGUUUGGAGCACCAAGUACAACAGCGUGUAUGAUCGGCUUUACGAUGAGUGCAUGGUGUUCGAUUUUGGGGAUCCUACUUUCUGAACUCAUGCUUGCACUUCGAAUAUGGGCUGUUUGGGAGAGGAGCGCGUUCAUUGGAGUCAUAUUGAUCGCGUUAUCCUUGGGGUGUUCGGCCCCUGCGAUGUUCUUUUUCGCGAGAUUCAUGCAAGGAAUUCAAUAUUUUGAAUUCCAUCUAUCUCGCCCAUCCCAAGACAUCGGAAGAUGUUUGAAUUUGAUGACGAACAGGGACGUUUAUAUCUGCUGGAUCCUGUUGAUGGUUUACGAUAGUGCUAGUUUCAUCCUGAUGGCGAUACCUGGAUUUCGAGCUUAUCGUGAAGGUGGAAGCUCAGACCUUGUGAAGCUUGUUUAUCGAGAUGGUGUCAUUUAUUAUGCAUUACUCUUCCUGGUAUCGCUGGUCAACGUUAUUAUCAUUCUCCUUCUACCGGUGAGGUUUUUGCAUCCAGAGGGUUAUACUGUAAGGUCUAACGCUUGUUUCCUCCCGCUUAUCAGCAUGACCUCGUCAUUAUCAUAUCUCCUUUCGAGCGUGUCCUUCACUCCAUCGUCGCCAGCCGUGCCAUCCUUCACAUACGCAAAUUGGCUUUUAAGGAUUAUACCGAGGCGAGAGACACAUCGGACGGGACGAUGACGACGGUAGAUUUGACUGCCGAAUUCGAAAUGUCGUUUUCUUUGAGCAUCUUCCGACCUGGCGUUGACUCUGAACUUGAAGCUCAGAACCCUGUGGCUAGGGAACAUGAAGGAGGAGGAUAAAAAAAC